AUGGCAGCAGCAGAAGCCGAGAGAGCAGCACACGACGCGCUGUGUGUUGCUGCUUGUUUGCUGCGGGAGGGGCGGGUGGUUUGCGGGGGGGGAGCAGCAGAAGCAGCAGCAGCAGCAGCAGUGGAAGCAGCAGCAGCAGCAGCGCUGCCUGCGGCCUCGCAGCUGCCUGCUGCGGCCUUCGCCCAGGCCCUCCUCGCCCUCCCAGAAACCCUAGCAGCAAACUCCGGCCUCAGUGCAGCAGCAGCAGCACAAACCCUCAAAACCCUGCAGCAGCAGCAAAACUGCCCCUACCUCGGCAUCGACUGCAUGCAGCGCGGCACAAACGACAUGAGGGAGCAGGAAGUGUGGGAGCCUCUCGCCUCAAAGAGGCAGCAGAUACUGCUGGCCACCCAGGUCGUCAAAAUGAUCCUCAAGAUCGACGACGUCAUCUGCGCCAAUGAGGAGUAA